ACAUUUAUUUUAGCCUGCCGUUCAUACACGACGGAGAAUUAUUUUUAAAAGAAACACAAAAACGAGUUCAUUUUGAUAGUGAAAAACUUAAUAUACUGUACAUAAUUCGAGCCACGACGACAUAAUGUGACGUCAUGUUCGUGGUGACGUAAUCGGCUACGCUGUCAAACCAAGAGCGAAGUGAAUCUAGGACAAACGGUUAUCGUCUGAAGACAGGUGAGGGAAUAUAAUACAUUGAAUCUCCCAUGGCGCUGAGGACAGUGUGUCGCGUCUUGGCUCAACCUCAGAGAUUUGCAAUUCUGUCCUUCGCCCGAGCUCAGGGAACUGCAGCAUCUGUUAAAUGGGAUGCAGAGAAAGCUGAGAAGUCAAAAGCCCCUAAAGUCGAGUUCAACUGGCGUGAUGCUCUGGACUUGGAAGGCCUCCUGACCGAGGAGGAGGUCCUGAUCAGAGACUCUUUCAGAACCUACUGCCAAGAUAAACUGAUGCCUCGCAUCAUUUUAGCAAACAGAAAUGAAGUGUUCCACAGAGAAAUCGUGUCUGAGAUGGGGGAGAUGGGCGUCCUGGGUCCAACCAUUAAAGGUUAUGGCUGUGCUGGGACAAGCUACGUGGCCUAUGGUUUGAUCGCUAGAGAAGUAGAGAGUGUGGACAGCGGCUACCGUUCAGUCAUGAGUGUGCAGUCGUCGCUGGUCAUGCAUCCCAUUAAUGCCUAUGGCACUGAGGAGCAGAAGCAGAAGUACCUGCCCAAGCUGGCUCGUGGAGAGAUCCUAGGUUGUUUUGGCCUGACAGAGCCAAAUCACGGCAGUGACCCAAGCAGCAUGGAGACGAGAGCAAAGUACAACCCGUCCAGCCGCACCUACUCCCUUACUGGCUCCAAGACAUGGAUCACCAACUCCCCCGUGGCGGACAUCGCAGUGGUGUGGGCAAAAUGUGAUGACGGGAAGAUUCGCGGCUUUAUCUUAGAGCGAGGCAUGAAAGGCCUGUCCACUCCUAAGAUUGAGGGCAAGUUUUCACUGAGAGCAUCCGCCACUGGCAUGAUCCUCAUGGAUGAGGUGGAGGUUCCCGAGGAGAAUCUGCUUCCCUAUGUGUCUGGCCUAAAGGGUCCAUUUGGCUGCUUGAACAAUGCUCGUUAUGGCAUCGCUUGGGGUACACUGGGAGCUGCAGAGUUCUGUUUCCACACAGCUCGUCAGUACACACUUGACAGGAUCCAGUUUGGAGUACCACUUGCACGGAACCAGCUAAUGCAGAAAAAAAUGGCUGACAUGCUGACAGAGAUCACCCUUGGACUGCAGUCCUGUCUGCAGCUGGGAAGACUCAUCGAUGAGAAAAAAGCGGCUCCAGAAAUGAUCUCCAUGCUGAAGAGGAACAGUUGCGGUAAAGCCCUGGACAUUGCGAGACAGGCCAGAGACAUGCUGGGAGGAAACGGCAUUGCAGACGAGUACCACAUCAUCCGCCAUGUCAUGAACUUAGAGGCCGUCAACACUUAUGAAGGUACACACGACAUCCACGCAUUGAUCUUGGGUAGAGCAAUCACUGGACUACAAUCCUUCACUGUGGACAAAUGAACCCAAAUUCUAUGGCUGCUUAGAACCGACUGGAGUCUGCUGUCACAAAUGAUUAAAACGUCUGUUCUGUAAUAUGACUUUAGUCUGUUUGGACAUUAAACAAAAAAAAAAGAUAUAUUUUUGUAAUUUGAGUGACAGCUUUUGAUACUUUGUUUCAACAAAACUAAUGAAUUACCAGUUGACACUUCUACUGUCAAGGUUAAAUUUGGUGUUGGUUACUGAUGAAAGAAAAUUCAGUUCAAAUUACAAAUUUUGAAGUGCAGUUAUAUUGGAAUGGUUUUUCUUAGUCAUGACUCAAUACGAUGCUUCAGCACUUUACCGCUAUUCUUCAGAUGAUUAUGACUGCAUUGUUUGCAAUAAAAAGUAUUUAAUAGUU